AUGAGGUCUGCACUGUCUACAUUCGCCUCCCUAACGCUCGUGGUCCUCUUCAGCAAACCCGCCUUGUCGGUCCCUGUCUACGGGCAAUGUGGUGGCCAAGGAUACACUGGGUCGACCGUUUGUGAUGCGGGUUCGGUCUGCACCUAUUCAAAUCAAUGGUACUCGCAAUGUCUGCCAGGAACCGCUCCACCUGCCACCACCACCACCGGUGAUGCAGGAGGGGGCUCCGGAACGACAACUGCCCCGGCACCUGGCGACACCCUUUGCGGUGGCGCUGCACGAACCAAAUUCACGUACUUUGGCGUCAACCAAGCCGGUGCUGAGUUUGGCGAAAACAGGAUUCCUGGAGUCCUUGGAACAGAUUAUACCUGGCCCAGCCCGAGCUCCAUCGACUUCUUCGUCGGCCAGGGAAUGAAUACCUUCCGCAUCCCCUUCAAGCUGGAGCGCAUCAGUCCCCUUUCAUCCGGACUCACUGGCAGCUUCGACCAAACAUACCUCAAUGGCCUGAAGACCAUCGUGAACUACAUCACUGGAAGGGGCGCCUUCGCCGUCAUAGAACCCCACAACUACAUGAGGUAUAACGGCAACGUCAUCACCUCGACCUCGGACUUCCAGACCUGGUGGACCAGAUUGGCCAACGAAUUUAAAUCCAACAACAAUGUCAUCUUCGAUAUCAUGAACGAGCCUCACACCAUGGACGCCGGUGUGGUCUUCCAGCUGAACCAAGCUGCCGUGAAUGGCAUUCGUUCCACCGGCGCCACCCAACUUAUUCUUGUCGAGGGAACUGCAUGGACCGGUGCUUGGUCAUGGGUUUCCUCUGGUAACGCUGGUGCCUUCCAGGCUCUCAAAGACCCAGGCAACAAUAUUGCCGUCGAAAUGCAUCAAUAUCUCGAUUCUGACAGCUCUGGUACAUCUGCGAACUGCGUUUCUUCGACCGUCGGCGCCGAGCGCCUCCAGGUGGCAACACAGUGGCUCAAGGACAACGGGUUCAAGGGCUUCCUCGGCGAGAUGGGUGCUGGCUCCAACUCGCAAUGCAUCACCGCCAUCAGGGGUGCUCUGUGCACCAUGCAAACCUCUGGCGUCUGGAUCGGCUUCACAUGGUGGGCUGCUGGCCCUUGGUGGGGCACUUACUUCCAAUCGAUAGAGCCCCCCAAUGGUCCUUCCAUCGCUCAGGUCCUUCCUCAAGCCCUCAUUCCCUUCAUUUAA